CUCAAUCUUCGCAACAUCACUACUCUUUGCACCAUCACCAAAAUGGGUGGCGACCUGAAUUUGAAGAAGUCAUGGCACCCAUCGCUGCUCCGCAACCAGGAGCGCGUAUGGCAGCAGGAAAAGCGGGCUCUAGACGAGCGCAAGAAGACUGAACAACUGCGACGCGAACGCGAAGAAGAGCGCCAGAUUCAGGAACUCCAGCGCCUGCAAGAAGCCUCCGGCAAGUCCGCACCACAAUCCCGAGUGGACUGGAUGUACCAGGCCCCCUCCAGCUCCACUGGCCACUACUCUGAAGAGAUGGAAGGAUACCUACUCGGCAAGCGACGUAUCGAUGGCAUCCUGUUGAAAAACGACACCGACAACCAGAAGCUGGAGAAAGGUGCGGACGUGGUUGGGGCGAAUGCGACAGCUGGCCCAUCAGUCGGGUCUGCGCGCGACACCAUGACGAAAGUUCUGAACGAUCCGCUGCUCGAAGUCAAGAAGAGAGAACAGGCUGCAUAUGAGGCUGCGGUGAUGGAGGCUGCUCGGCGCAAGGAGAGAGAGGCGCGCCGUAAGGGCGACAGUGGUCGGGACCGGGAUCGUCGUCAUCGCGAUCAUGAUUCAAAGCGCCGGCGAUACAGUGACGAAGGGGAGGAUGAUCGUCGGCACCGGUCUCAUCGGAGCGAGCGUCGACAUCGGUCUAGAUCGCCCGCCUCACCUGAGCGAUCUCACCGUAGACACCGAAGCGAACGGGACCGCGAGUACGACCGUGAUCGCCGAGAGGAUCGACGCCGAGGCGAUAAUACUCGUUCCCGUCGAGACGACCGCGACCGUGACCGCGAUGGUGAACGUGAUGGCCAUGAAAACAAGGAGAGGAGGGAUUCUUACACCAGCCAACCUCGAGAGCGAGACUCGGGUGCCAGACGUGAUCGCGAUCAGGACAACCACCGCGAGAGAUCCCUACAACGUUCAUCUCCUCGGAGGCGCUCUCCUUCCCCGCAGCACGCUCAACGCCGUAACGACCGCGGCAACGGUGACCGACAAGAUAGUAAUCGACGAGAUGGUGACCGUCGUGAUUACCCCCGCCGAGACUACAAUAAUCGCAACGACUCAUACAACCGAAACCGUGGCCCACCCCCUCACCGUGCCGCGCCUAACAAGCCGGACCCCAAGCAACAAGAGGAAGAGCGCCUCCGCAAGCUCGCCGAAAUGCAGUCAAAUGCUAGCGAACUGGAAGCAGAUCGACGCCAACGAAUAUCUGAGAUCGAUGCAAAAGAACACAAGGAGAAGGAAUCCGAUGACAAGCAACGCUCUGACCGCGGUCAAUUCAUGUCCAAGGUACAUCAGCGUGUGCAGGAAGACAGCCUAGAUGAGCGCAUCCGGCGCAGUCGUGGUGGACUGUCCAAGAUGGAUGAGGAUUAAGGGCUUCUGGUCCAGGAUCCACUAUGACCUGCCCUUCGAGCAGUCCUUUUAUGUUUAUGGUCAAAUGGCUUCUAGGAGGGCACUUAUUAUGUUAUGUAUCAAGUAUCAUUAAUCAACAUUUUUAGCGAACGUUCCUCGGUUUGAACGAUGCCAACAAGUGAAAUAUUUCCUCGAUUAUAUGCUGACGCGCCCAGUAUAUCCUUCCUGUAACAGUUUGAUCAAGGCUCUCAUAUUACCAUCAAGUCCUCAUCCCGUCCCCAUGCUCAACUAGUGGUUUCCUUGUUGUAGAUGUUGUUAUAUCGUUCCAAUGCCUGGGUAGUGAGUACCUCAGCCUCAAUCCCUUGGAAACGUUCCGGGUCCAAAGACUUAAGAACCUCUUCAUCACCAGCAGAAAUAUCAUCCUGACCUCCACGAAGGACUUCUCUCGCGAUCAACUUAGCCGUCCCAGCAGCCGUAGUAACCCAGAUUGCAGCGCAAAGCCACAAAUUACUAACAUCGGACACCCUCCCCGCCAGCGGUAGGUUAUCCGGCGUCACCGAGAAAAUUCCAUUAAACGGCUCUCUUGCCUCGAAGGGGUCUGAAUCAUCGUCUCGCCCUUGAGCUAGGAAGUGCUUUCCGUUCUUCAAAUGCGAGGUUGCUUCGGACAAGACUUGAUCGAAGCUAGAGGGCCAUGCCCCGAUGGCCGUGUGGCCGGGAUCUAGUUCAAGAGGGACAUGGUCGUAACUACCCAGUCCAUCGCGAUCACCGUGGUCUCGAGCGUAGACAUGGUGCUCUGGCCAGCGGACGAAUGGGUAUGGUUCCCCGGUGCGGGCUGGUCGAGGCGCAGUGAACGUGUAUGGGUGUGCAACCGGAAUGAUAGGCACUGGGAACUUGGUAAUCGAUGCUUCCGUUUCAUGGGUAUGACAUCCAGCCAAAGAGGAUGUCCAGAUUCCCGUUGCGAGGAUGACAGUACUGCCUGCCAGGUUGAUAUCCCCAUUUGCGGUAUGUAAAGCAGCAAUCUCGCCAGUCUUUUGGUCAUUGCCGCCCUUCUUUGCGAAGCCAGUCACGGUGGUUUCUAGGAGAUCCACACCUCGUGCACGAGCUUCCUGCGUAAAAUAGGACGUAAUGACCUGCGCAUUCGCCGUGCCGUCCGACGGGAAAUGCAAGCCCGUCGUCACAGUCUCGGGGUCGAUAAAAUCCGGCGCCAAUGCAGCUGCGUCCUUGGGCGUGAUCAUCUCAGCGGAUAAUCCUGCAGCGUGUGCUUUCUCGCAUCGAGACUGUAGUGUCUGCGCGCCGGCGGGUGUGGACGCGAGCUCCAACCCUCCGACGGUGUUGAAUCCACCGGGGAUGGAGACGUACUCGGCAACCGUAUGCUGGGCGAGUCGGGUCAGGACUGGCGACUCAUUGAGUUGACCAACAAAACCCGGUGCAUGGCCCGUGGAACCUAGUAGUUUCUGGAGAGAUCGGUCAAGGAGCACGAUGUGGUGGUCGCUGUUUGCUUUGGAGAGGUAGAAUGCUAAAGCGGCGCCGACUAUGCCACCGCCAACGAUAAAGAUCCGUUGGGAAGAUGGGUUGGCAUUUAUAUUGGAGAUAGAAACAGUUGAUUCCAUGGUAAAGCGCUUGGUUUAUCGAACUAUUCAUAAUGUGUUUGGUUCAAAAAUAAGAUACGAUGGGUAUAGCUCAUCAACUAUAAACAACUCCAAAGGGCGUGGCAUGUACCCGAUAUCGGCCAUGGCAUCGCCAUAUAUAUCCGCCUUCAGCCGAGACUGUGCGGAUGGAUAUCUAGGACACGACACUAGC